CAAGGCAAGCCGUACCACGGCGGUGGCGGGGGAACGAUAGUGGACAGCGCUCCGCAGGUUUGGAGGAAGUGGGAGUCACAGCUCCAGGCCUUAGUUCGGUCCUUCGCUUCUCUGUGCCAGGCCGCCCGCCGGGAUGCAGUGGGCACUGGGCCGGCGGUGGGUGUGGGCCGCGCUGCUCCUGGCUGCCGCGGCUGUGCUGACCCAGGUGGUCUGGCUCUGGCUGGGCACGCAAAGCUUCGUCUUCCAGCACGAAGAAAUCGCGCAGCUGGCCAGGCAGUACGCGGGGCUGGACCACGAGCUGGCCUUCUCUCGGCUGAUCGUGGAACUACGGCGGCUGCACCCAGGCCACGUGUUGCCCGACGAGGAGCUGCAGUGGGUGUUCGUAAACGCGGGCGGCUGGAUGGGCGCCAUGUGCCUUCUGCACGCCUCACUGUCCGAGUACGUGCUGCUCUUCGGCACCGCCCUAGGCUCUCGCGGCCACUCGGGACGCUAUUGGGCUGAGAUCUCGGACACCAUCAUCUCUGGCACCUUCCACCAGUGGAGAGAGGGCACUACCAAAAGUGAGGUCUUCUACCCAGGAGAGACCGUGGUGCAUGGGCCUGGUGAGGCAACGGCUGUGGAAUGGGGGCCAAACACAUGGAUGGUGGAGUAUGGUCGGGGUGUCAUCCCAUCCACCCUGGCCUUCGCGCUGGCUGACACGAUCUUCAGCACCCAGGACUUCCUCACACUCUUCUAUACUCUUCGCGCCUAUGCCCGGGGCCUUCGGCUUGAGUUUACCACCUACCUCUUCGGCCAGGACCCCUGACCAGCCAGGCAUGAAGGAGGACCUGUGGAUAGAAAGGAGCGGGCAGGCCCGCAUGCAUCCUCUUUCUGGAGCUCACGUGAAAAGACAGGGACAUAUUCACAACAUGCAACUAUUCCAGUUCCUGGUGUACGAGCAAGGACAUACAUGCUUAUACAAACAAACAUAGACUCAUGGGAACAUACGGGACAUACAUGCAGAUACAGUUCCAUGUGUACAGCAGCAUCAUGCAUUCACACCUGCCCAGAGAGGGAGCCCCACAUAUACCCAGGGGGCCAGUCAUAUUGAGACACACAUACUAUAGGCUUGACUCAGUAACUCAGGCCUUUCAGAGCUUCCCUGCCAGCAGUCAGGGCUCUGGAAUUAGGGAUGAGUGUAGGUAUUACCCUCUUGUCUGGGCCUGACCCCUCAAUCCAACAGCAGUUGAGGGGGGAGGAAGAUGAAGGGUUGCCUGUGGUGGCCCCCAUCAUCUCCCUGUCCUCACCAUAUGCCUUACCCCCAUUCUCUUCCCCUGCUAUGCAAGUGCUCUCGUGGCCUGUCCCCACCCUCCCAGCAACCAAGUCAACUGGGGAACCGUAAGAAUGGAGAAUGCUGAGGUCAGGGUCCUCUUAUCCUGAAAGACCCUGCCCCCAACCCCAUUCAUCCCUCAGGAGUAUGAUGGGGAGGCUGGCCUCAGCUCAGGACCCACUGCUGGGCAGGGGACCUAGAGAGGUUAGCCUAGGUCCAGGGAGCCAUCCCUUGCCUAGAGAAGGUCUGCACACAUAUACCCCCAUCACAGCUUUCAGACACUGCCUUUGGUGCACUGUCUGUCCAUCUGUCUCUGUUAAUAAAGACCUGUUGAACAGUGUCA